AUGGUUCCUGGUUCCUGUUGGUCCAGUCUUGGUCAUGUUCUCUCCAUGUUCCUGUUCUCCAGAAAUGAAUGCAGUUCUCAAAUGGAAACUCCUUGACGGCUGUCGACGGAAGAAAAGCAGUGAAGGAAAAUUUAAGCUGCUCAGUAAAGCAGAAGGAAGUCGGCAGUUCCACCAGGCCAUCGAGGAAUGGAGUCGUGCGAGUGAAUAUUGAGCCUUAAACUGUAGCUUUUAAAAGGGCAAAAGGCCAACAUGAAUUAUUUGUCUGAAGUCACUGGGGCAAAAAGAAAGAACAGCAGAGGCAGUGAAGGAGUUGAAGCAGAAGACAACCACCAAACUGCGGAAGGGGAAGCAAGAGAUUUUCGUCCUCCGUUUAUUUAUUUAUUAAUUUUUUUUUUCCUGUGGAAAGGCGUUCGAGUGGAGGGCAUUUUACACAAAUUAAACAUGCUGCUCUGCUUCGCCCUAUAAGCAUCCUAGGAGUCUGUGCUUACCAAUCAAUUGGUACAGUCAAACAGAGCCGCAGCCCGAGACAGAGUGGAGACCCUCAGUCUCGCCUUAUUUCUGGAUAUUGGGAGACUCGCCUGCCAUGUCAUAUCCACAAUUUGGAUAUCCCUACUCGUCUGCACCACAAUUUCUGAUGACAACCAACUCUCUAACCACUUGCUGCGAGUCCACCGGCAGAUCCAUAGCCGACUCCGGGGUAGCGGCGUCCGGGCAGACACCAGUCUACUGCCCGGUGUACGAGAGCCGGCUGCUGGCCACGGCGAGGCACGAGUUGAGCUCGGCCGCCGCUCUGGGCGUGUACAGCAGUCCCUACACCGGCGGUCAAAGCUAUGGGAAUUAUGUUACCUACGGCACGGACGCCUCGGCUUUCUACUCGCUGGGCACAUUUGACACUAAAGAUGCCACUGCUUCUGCACACGCUGGAAUAACCCAGGCAACAGCCUACUACCCAUAUGACCCUGCACUGGGACAGUAUCAGUACGACAGAUAUGGUUCAAUGGAUGGCGGAACCAGGAGGAAGAACGCCACACGUGAGACGACCAGCACCCUGAAGGCCUGGCUGCAGGAGCACAGGAAGAACCCGUACCCAACCAAAGGCGAGAAGAUCAUGCUGGCCAUCAUCACCAAGAUGACCCUGACACAAGUGUCCACUUGGUUUGCAAACGCCAGGAGGAGACUGAAGAAGGAGAACAAGAUGACAUGGCCGCCCAGGAACAAAGGCUCAGAUGAGAAGAGAUAUGAUGAGGAUGAGGAUGGUUCUCAGGAGGAGCAGACAAAAAGUGAAAACAAUGAGGAUGAGACCAGAAGUCGCGCUGAUAAGGACCUGCAGCUGAGCGACUUGGACGAUUUCGACACGCUGGAGUCGGAGAACUCCGAGUGUGAGCUGAAGCACCGUUACCACAUGAACACGCACAUGUCCACGACAGGCGACUGCCCCACUGAACACCUCUUAAAGGACUCGUCCCUGAAAAUCUCCAUCCCGGUCUCACUCGGUGGGGACCAGGACUUGAGCAAAAGCUGCCUCAAAACGAACCCAGAGGAUUUCCAGGGCGACAGCAGACCGCAGGCCAAGGUGUGUUACAACCAGCAGCAACAACAGGGGCAUCAGAUACUAGACGGCAAACCCCGAAUCUGGUCUUUGGCCCAGACCGCCACAUCCCUGAACCAGACUGAGUAUCCGUCCUGUAUGCUGAGAUGCCAGGCGCCGCCCUCCUCCCUCAGCCCUUCCCCUGCCGCUACCUCUCCUGUAAUCGGCCUGGACAACAGGCAGGACUCGCCUGUCACUACCCUGAGAAACUGGGUGGACGGGGUUUUCCACGAUCCCUUGUUUAGACACAGCACUUUGAGCCAGGCCCUGACCAACACUACCGUGUCUUGGACCACGAACACUAAAGGUACCAUCCUGGAUUCUGACAGGAGCGUUUCCAUCCUCCAACAGCAGCAGCAGCAUCAAGACCCCAAAGACAGUGCAAUGAGUUUUCCCAAAACCACCAACAAGCUUUUCUGCUCAUAACAAAACCAAAUGGCUCAUUAAAUGCAAAAAGGGAAAGACUUGGGACUGAGUUCAACUUGGUUGGGAAGAAAAAGCCUGUCACCCCGCCCUCCUUCGAUCUUCGUCAUGAUUUUAAAGAAAUGGUAGCUAUGUAUAAUGUUUCAUUGGCGUCACGUCAGUAAAAUAUCCAAAUCAGUUUGGCUUCUUUAAUUCAACGCACGAACAAAACCGCCAAAAUGUAUAAAAAGUUUACAUCUUUAAAAGAAAAAAAUAGGCCUAAAGUUUACAUGAUUCUUUUUUAUUAUCAUUAUUAUUAUUAUGCGCAUGCAAAUGUACUUAAAUAUAAUUUAAUUGACUCGGCAGUUGAGUGUCACUGUUAAAUGAAAAGAAAGUCACAACAUGCACAGCUCUGGGAGGAAGUGGAAGAGAGCAUUUUAACUUUGUUCACUGAAAAUAAAAAAAUCAGUUUCUGGAGGUGUGCUGUUGGGUUUGGUGCUGAGCGGUGCUGUCCGUGGUGCUGAACAACAGGCUUGGCGUUUGUUUCAUUGAAUGUCGUGUUUUGUUCAUUUAUAAGACCACACUCACCGCUGUAAACAUUUUCCUCACUUCUCGUGGCAUUUUGUAGCAGCUCAUCAAACCAUCUUUUUUUUUCUGUUUCAGCGCAAUCACAGCGUUCACUCCGCUUUAGUGACAGUGAGGAAACGAGGCAGCUCCAACCUCCAGACAGAGCAAUAUCAGAAUCUAAGUUCUGCCUCAUUAAUUCCCUCUAAACAGGCUGUAAUUGGGAUGUUCGCAGUCAUAUUUCAUGUCAGCCUAUUGAUUUCCCCUCCGUGCUCUCUGAUAAAAUUAUCGAAACAUCUCAACAGCGCCCAUGAUGCAGCUGUCAAAAGGGUAAGUUAUUCGCCAUAUACGUCCAUUAAUGGGUUCAAACGGGAGGCCCUGUGAAAUAAUUUGAAGGGAGUUUUCGUUUUGACACUAACCCCUCAAUUUCCUGGAGACGUGGGUUCUACUCAGGAAGAAAAAAAAACAAAACAAAAAUAAAAAAUAAAAAAACAGCCUGGAUGCUGAAAAGUUAAAGGGCUUCAUACAGGAGAGACCCUCCCGACGUCUAAAAGUGAAAAGGGCAAAGGAACUCGAAUUAGUUGUUGUAGAUAAAAGGGCAAAACGAAAGGAGUCAAGGGUACUUGACAGUAAUGGCGAAAGUGGAGCUCUCGGGGGACUCUGUCCUGUGAGGUGGGAGGAGAGGGGGCGUCAGUGAUGAAUUUUAAUAGGAAAGGCACGAUUGAGACCUUCACCCUUUCUAGGAAAAAAGUACUAGGGUGGACAAAGGGGAUUUUCUGUUGAUCAAAAACAGAAUAUCAUAUAUAUAUAUUUAUAUUGUCUAUUGCCCACAUCACCUUUAUUUAUAUAUAUAUACAUGAGAGUUCGAGAGAACAGAGACCUGUUAUAACCACUCGGCCGUGGCAAAUUCGAACACACAGAGGGAGCGAGACGGUAAAUUAACGGAGAGCUUUUUACAUAGAGACCAAAUAAAACUGUAAUCAGCGACGCGUUACUUUUCAUUAAGCAGUUUUGACAGCAGCAUAUUCAGCUACUACGACACCGGAGCAAGGUCCAGGGCUGAAAUAAACUGUUCUCAGAGCGGGAGUCAUAAGAUAAUUCCUUAAGCUCCAUUAACAACUCUUAGCCGCAGGAAAUGGGCUCCCCCUGAAAACAUCUCCAAAUCUAAAAGCUUU